AUGUCCUGGCUGCUGUGCCUGGUCCUCUGGGUCAGUGGGAGGUCCAUCCAGCUGUGCCAGGCCACCUUUUAUGAGACCAUACAGCUACAGCAGCACCAUGUGACACGGCCUGGAAGGACCUCCAUUCACAUGAUUGAGGGAGGAACAUGUGAGGUGAUUGCUGCUCACAGAUGCUGUAAUAAGAACAAGAUUGAAGAGCGGUCCCAGACAGUCAAGUGUUCCUGUCUACCAGGGAAGGUGGCAGGGACUACCAGGAACAGACCCUCCUGUGUUGACGCAUCCAUAGUGAUAGGGAAGUGGUGGUGCGAGAUGGAGCCCUGUCUGGAGGGAGAGGAGUGCAAGACGCUGCCUGACAACUCAGGCUGGAUGUGUUAUGCUGGGAACAAGAUCAAAACCACCCGGAUCAAUCCAAGGACCCAACAAAGACAUUCAGUUUGCUUUCCUGGAUUGAAAUGUGUGAAUUCUCAAAGAAACUGCUGCUCAAGGGUACUGGGAGUGAUGAAGUUCAAGGAUACCAAUGGGGGACCUUAUUGA